GCAAGCACUCAUUCAUGCUCAAGUACGAGGAUCUUGUGCACUCCCCGGCCUUAUAAAUAGAGGCAAUUCACCCGCUGGAUAAACUCGAACACAAGGACAGCAAGCUAUUGUUCAAUCAGUCUCCCGGCUCACAUCUUCAAAAUCUCCUCUUUCUCUGCUUUUACCCUCUCUCAAUCUGCUUCAAUAUCAACGAGAACUUCAUCGAUAUGUCUUCUAGCUGGGAUGCUACUCGGGCGAACCACCCAAGGCCAGCAGCUUAGCUAUAGCGACAGCAUCCAAGCAUUAGCUUUCGGGAAUAUCGCUACCUCCUCCGUGGAAUCCAGCGGCGAUGUCUGGCUUAACAUCACUGGAUUCGCGGAGAAAGAACUCCCACACCUCCAGACAGUGGUGGGAAUCCACUCCUUGGAUAACGCCCGUGAGCUACAUGUGAUCGCGAAUCUGGCGCAAAGCGCCGCAAGUCAGGCACUCUGGGGUGAUCUCGUGUUUCUGUAUAACGUCUUCUCAAUGAACGCCUAUCCUGCAUACGCCGAUGUCACAACGGCGCAGAUGCAGGCCGGUCUGCUGGACGCUGUGAGUGGCGAGAACGGACCGGAAGAAAGCCUGAUCGAGCUCUACGCCAGUAGAUCGAGCGCCUCGAGCCUAGGGGCUGCGUACCGCGCACUUACCUCCCAGUACAGCAACCAGUAACAGAGCAAGGCUACCAGUUUGUCUCCGGUAGCAGCGGAACCCAC